CGAAAAAAUAAAUAAACAAAUAUCUACAUAGCCUAUGCUUAAUGGAUGCCCAUACAAAAAAAAUGGAGGAGGAAUUUUUACCACCAACAAGAAAAGUAUAUGGCCCAUUCUCUGAAGAUCCAACUGACACACCACAUGCAAAUGAAGUGCAAAGAGUUGGUAACUUUUUAAGCAUUGGACUUCCAAAACAGAGAACGAAGGGUAAUGAAGAAAGAAGAUACAAGAAGGAUGAGGACAGGAUGCACGACAUUCCGAUGUUGUUGGGUACAAUAAAAUGUGAAUCCAAAACAUGGAUAUACAACAUCUAUGUCAGCGAGCAGUGGCUACAUGACACGUAUGGAUGUACUACUUGGAUGUAAAAAGACUUGAAUACAACCUGAAGCAACAGUAUGCCACAGACAGAGGUUUUUUUAUACAAAUACUAAGGCGUGAGCAUGGAAAAAUUCUCAAUGGACAAGGAAAUGUUGAGCAAGCUGCAGAUGAUGAUGAGAUUAUGCAUAGCGUGUUAGGAAGUGCAUCAAAGUUUCCACUGCACUGGUGCAAUUACCAAUUUGUAUACUUACCUGUGAACAUUGGUCAGCAUUGGGUAUUACUCGUGUUGGACAUCAAAAUGAGAAAGGUUAAAGUUCACAACUCCAGUUCAUGAAUGGGAAAUUCACUGAAAGAUAUCCGCCCAUUCAUGCCGAGCAUCAAAAUUCUGCUUACUAAAAUCAUGGAUUUCUACAAAGUGUAUGAAAAUGCAGGGGAGGAGCCAGUGGGAGACAGAUCAUUAGAAAUAGAAGCUGAAGAAAACUGCCCACAACAGAACAAUGCGUAAGAAAAUAAAUUUAUAGUUACAAAAAUCAUAAAGAAGUGAAAUGAAAAAUAAUUUGUGAUUAACUAUAAUUUUCUAUUUGCUUACAAGGGGACUGUGGAAUGUUUGUACUCAAGGUUGCUGAAUUCUUAAUCAUGGAAAUGGAGCUGGAUGGGAUAGAUGCUGAGGAAAUGCCAAUGUUUAGGCAAAAAAUGGCAACGGAGCUAGUUAUGUACAGUGAAAAGAGAUUGGGUGAUGCUAAAGGAGAGCAACUACCAAAGUUUAUCAGGGAAGAAUGAUAUGAUGCCGAGAUGUGUUUUUACAUAUGUAUGCAAACAUUUGUGAUCCAGGAUACUACUGGUGUCUCUAUGCUAUUGAUGGAGUAUAUGGGUCAGAGCCCCUGGACCCACAUACUCGGAAGAACAGAAAGCACAAGACACAGAGUGGCGCCCUCGUCGACCAAGACGCCCCCGUCGGCCAAGAAGGUGCCAACUCAGAUUAUGGUCCUGAAGCCAAGGAACCCGGGUGCCCUCGUCGGCCGCGCCCUCAUCGGUCGUGCCCUCGUCGGCCACGCCCUCGUCGGCCACGAAGACCUCACAGAACCGGAUUUUAUACUUAUUCAUUUGUACAGCCCAUUAGUGGCUUUGUAUUCGGCCCAGUAACGGUCCAGUUGUAUAUGGGCCUCCCAAGCCCAAGGCUUGGGAGCCCAGCCCGUAUUUUCUCUAUAAAUACUCCCCUUGGGAGUAGUUGUAGGGGUUCAAAAUUCAUUAAUAUCAAGCAAAUAUACUACUUCUC